AUGUCUAUCGGUGUGGUGGACUACGAUUCGACGCAAUUCCCGUCACUGAAGCAGUUCGAGCAACAAGUUGUGUACGUCACCGAAGAGACAGUGGGCAACAUUGUCAAGAUACCCUGCGUGUUCAACCACUUGAACGAAUACCGGUCGAGGUUCUAUCGACUUUUACUUGAAGAAGCGAAAUCAGACGUGCGAAUCGCCUACGAAACUACGCUAGGAUCCCAAGGUGCAUUGAAGAUAGCCGUUCAGCGCACGUGGAACGAAAACGGCUGUACAUUUUUCGAAUUUUACGUUCGAAGCGUGGAUAGACCUCCACUUGCUGAUGGCACAGUUGUGUAUCUAAGUUUGUCUGAGUUAAGUAAACCUCGAUCACACACAAAGUGUUGUGCUUCAGUCAUAACGCAGUCGAAUGAACGGUCUAACAAAGUCGAAGCGAGAUUGAUUGAACCCAUCAGCGAAGCAGCUCAUGAUCUAGGCAGUAUAUUGGAAUGUAUACGUGCAAGCUCUGCAAAGCAUCUUUGGGCCAUCCCGGCAACCCGUCUUACGACCCAUACGCGGCACUUUGAUGCGUUGGCCGCACUUCAGGAUACACGAUCACAUUUCCAGCGUUUUCUCAUCAAGCCAAGCAGCUCAAAUGUGGAAGAGCCUGCAAGUUCUGCACUUACGAAGCUUGGACUUGAAAACUCAAAGUUUGCUACCUUACUCAAGUCAACUCUGAAUGAUCCUCAAUUCGAAGCUUUACUUUUAUCGGCACAUCAUGCUACUCGUUUUUCGUGUUCUGAUCACUAUUCCGUACCUUUUUCAUUGAUUCAGGGUCCUCCUGGUACAGGGAAAACAAAAGUCAUCACUAGUUUGGCCAAUGCGCUCCAUUUAUUGCAGUUUCAGUAUUAUUUUGACUCAAUUACAGCAUUGAUCAGUCGCCAGUCGAAGGCACAGGCGCCGUCCAUGAAAAGAAAACGAACUAUGGUGCAUGCCGUUGACACACAAACGCUGAAACCCCGUAUACUGAUAUGUGCUCCUAGUAAUGCCGCGGUCGACAACGUUCUUGAUCGUAUCAUUCACAAUAGAUUCUUGCAGAUGGACGCUUCGCAAUAUUCGCCUGAUGUUAUGAGACUAGUGUCGGGUGAAGCAAACGUCUCGAUGACUGCACAGGCCGUCUCGAUAGAACACCGCGUGAAAAGCCUCGUGGAAAUGUCAGCGGAUGAUUGGAGUGCGUGGUACUCGCGUCAGUAUCAUACUUUUACUACGUCAGAAUUGAAACUAAAGGAGAAAUUUGAAGCACAAUGCGAAGAUGAGCUUUGGGAAUCAAACAUCCUGCAGUUGCAUGAAAUACGUGACAGAGCACUGGGUGAUCUCGCUAGACUGGAAAGACUUCGUCCUCUUCAUGGUGGAUCCGUAGCAGGAGAUCUUCGAAUGAUACGUGAGAUUUCUGAUGAUCUCGCUGCUUCUUUUGUAGACGAAGCAGAAAUCGUAUGCUGCACGCUGACUUCACUGAGUAAGAGGUUCUUUCGAAUUAACUCGAGACCUUUCAAGACAAUCAUAGUCGACGAGGCAUGUCAAGCGAUUGAGCCGGCGACACUAAUCCCAUUAACGAUAUAUAACGCUCACUGCGUACUGGUCGGUGAUCCGCAGCAACUCCCAGCCACUGUCAAAUCAAGAGUCGCGAAAACGGCACGUUAUGAUAGAUCACUAUUUGAGAGGCUGAUGGAAGCUGGAGUGCCAGCAAAGCUACUAAGUAUUCAGUACAGAAUGCAUCCUGAAAUCAGGUGCUUUCCGUCGUGUGUAUUUUAUUCGGGAGCGUUGGUAGACGCGCCGAAGCUUGAUCAGAGCAGGUAUUUGCCAGCUCACAAAUAUUGGCCUUUCAAGCCUUUCAUGGUGUUUGAUGUAGUUCAAGGACAGGAAGAGCGAGCGUCAACUCUGUCACGAUACAAUAAAAACGAGGCAGUCUUCAUCGUGGAUUUACUGGUGAGAUAUCUUACUUUAUUCCCAUUAACUCGCAAAAGCAGACUUGACAUCAUGGUACUGAGUGGUUACAGGGAACAAUGCACACUCGUCCACAGAUUACUUCAGCAGACGUCGAUAGUCAACUGUGUCAAUGUUAGUACCAUUGAUGCGUUCCAAGGUCAAGAAAGCGAUGUGAUUGUUCUAUCGUGUGUAAGAACGUCGGCAACUGACAUUGGUUUUCUUGCGGAUCUGAGGCGCUUGAACGUGGCAAUAACGAGGGCCAGGUGUUCUCUCUGGGUCAUCUGCAAAUGUGAAACCGUGUCGAAAUUCCACAUUUGGCAGCUUUUGUUAAAAAAUGCUAAAGAACGCGGAUGUUACACAACUAGCUUAGACGCAAUAUUUUCAUCAACUAAGGAAACUAAGCGUACUCUGUUCGCUAAAUGUAGUGAUGGUUCGGGGUAA